UGAGAGGGGGCAGAGCCUGAAGUUCCAGGGACACCACUGUGGAAGCAUCAGGGAGCAGUGCCUUGGGACACAGAUAUGGGGGUCCCAGAACACCGGCUGUUCAGGGGGCUCUGGGGGACAGAGCUCAGCAUCCGAAAGCCAUAGAUAUGGGGACCCAGGGGACAGUGCCCAGCAGCAUAGAUAGGGGUCUCAGGGAAUCAAGCGGACAGAGCCCACAGUCCCAAGAACAGAGUUACAAGCUCGUUAGAACCCAGAUAUCUAGGGUUUGCAGAAUCAGCACUUGGGCGCAAGAAACUGGGGUUCCUGGCAUCCAGAUCCGUGGUGUGAAAGGCAGUCAGGGAAACAGCGACUGGGGUUCUAAGAAGACAGAUAGUGGGGAUGUCAGGACAUCAGAACCUCAGGAACCCAGGAGAACAGACUGGGAGUCUGAAGCAUCCGAGUCGAUGUCUGGACGGAAGGGAAGGGGGUCCUGGGGAGCCAGCGGGACAGAGAUCCGGGGCUCUGGGCACCCAGUUAGGUACAGUCACACAGGACGGAUCAGGGGCUCAUCUGAAGUCACAGGGUCAGGGGGGUCACAAAGUCAAGGCCUGGGGACUGAGGGUUCUAGGGUUCUAGGAAUGCGGGCCAGCACUGGGGAGUUCUGGGACUGGAGGACUUAGGGCCAGGAUGAAGAAUUCAGGGGUCUCCAGGCAAAAGGCUUCAGGGCACCAAGAGCUGGCACCGGAGAUACGAAGACUUGGGGGCGCAGGGAUGGGGGGCCCCCAAGGAUCAGGAGAUGAUAAAGAAGGCCAAACAUCAUUCUCUCCAUCCCUGAUCUCAAGGAAGGGGCAUCUGCUACCACCUUACCAUCCCCGAGUGACCCCAAAAGCUGCAGAGAGCCCAUGCCUAGUGCCCCCAGAUUUUGGCCCCGUUCCUGCACCUUCCACCCCAUCGGAGUACAGCACUUAGAGAGCCUCAGCUUGUGCAUCAGGAGGCCUGCCGCUGCCUCCUCCCCUUUCCCCAUUCCCUGGAUGAGAACCCAGGCCUCAGUUUUCCCCAUCUGUGUGGUGGGUGGAUAUGUCUUUGCUGCCGUAUUUGGCUUCUGACGCCAUUCCUCUCUCCUUCUGACCCCCUUUCUCCCCAACUCUCUACACAGUCACCCCACACCCUACACCUAUUCUUACCUCCCUCAGCCACAAAUUCACCCAGCAAACAGGCCCUGGGGUCCCCUGCUGAGUGAUGAUGGGGUUCAGUCCCGUCCUUAAGGGACUCUGCCUAGUAAGAGAUGGAGGUCAGAGGCACGAAGAGGUAAGUGACAAUGACCGUGACCAGGGCUCAGGGGGAAUGGUGAAGGCGGAGGAAGUUGCCAGAGCCAGAAGAUGGAUGUACAAGGCCAGGUUGUCUUGGGCCUCUCAGCAAAAGGGACCUGGACCUCUACUGCCCCUGUACCCGACCCCGACCAUGGGCUCCCUCUUUCCUCUCCUGAACGUGCCUACACCCCUGUACCCCAUGGUGUGCUCCGUGGAACAUCCCCUAUCGGCUGACAUCGCCGUGGCCACCCGUGCAGAUGAGGACGGAGACACGCCACUCCACAUUGCCGUGGUGCAGGGCAAUCUGCCUGCUGUGCAUCGGCUUGUCAACCUCUUCCAGCAUGGGGGCCGGGAGCUGGAUAUCUACAACAACCUACGACAGACACCGCUACACCUGGCUGUGAUCACCACACUGCCAUCUGUGGUCCGGCUCCUCGUGAUGGCCGGUGCCAGCCCCAUGGCACUGGACCGACAUGGCCAGACAGCAGCCCACCUGGCGUGUGAGCACCGCAGCCCGACCUGCCUCCGGGCCCUGCUGGACAGCGCAGCCCCGGGCACCGUGGACCUAGAGGCCCGCAAUUACGACGGGCUCACCGCCUUACACGUGGCGGUGAACAUGGAGUGCCCCGAAGCCGUGCUGCUCUUGCUGGAGCGAGGCGCAGACAUCGAUGCGGUGGACAUUAAAAGCGGCCGCUCCCCACUCAUCCACGCAGUGGAAAACAACAGCCUGAGCAUGGUGCAGCUCCUGCUGCAGCACGGCGCCAACGUGAACGCGCAGAUGUACUCGGGCAGCUCGGCGCUGCAUUCCGCGUCUGGCCGCGGGCUCCUCCCGCUCGUGCGCACGCUGGUCCGCAGCGGCGCCGACAGUGGCCUCAAGAACUGCCACAACGACACGCCGCUCAUGGUGGCGCGCAGCCGCCGGGUCAUCGACAUCCUGAGGGGGAAGGCGACCAGGCCCGCUCCUGCAUCACAGCCGGAGCCCUCGCCGGACCGCAGUGCCACCACCUCCCCUGAGAGCAGUAGCCUCCUCAGCUCCAAUGGUCUCCUUUCUGCAUCACCCUCCUCCUCGCCCUCCCAGUCUCCCCCCAAGGACCCACCUGGAUUCCCCAUGGCUCCCCCCAAUUUCUUCCUUCCUCCCUCAUCUCCACCUGCCUUCCUGACCUUCGCUGGGGUCCUCCGAGCCCCUGGCCGGCCGGUGCCCCCCUCUUCAGCUCCAGGAGACAGCUGAGAGGGAUGGGGGGGCAGAUCUCAGACUCACGCGGAGCGACCUCCCUGCCCUGUUGGGGUCAAGCCUCCUGGAAACUGUGAAAACCUCACUCUGCCCCCCCCCAAUCUUCAGGACCAGGAUUUGCACAGAGGCACAAGCAUGUACCCAUAAGCCCCCUCUUCCGAGCAAAGAUAUCUUCGCGCCCCGUGCCCCCGACCCAGGACUCUUACAAACCUUUUAUCCUCUGGUACCAGGCCCCUGCCUUGAGUUCCGCCCAAAUUCCUUCUCCUCUCCCAGAGCUGGUGGAACCAGGGAAUCGCCACUCCCCUCCCCCCCUCUACCCAGAUGGAUGAGGAGGGGCAGGUGGGCUGUAGCCAGGCACUGAUAACAAUGUAAAUUAUUAGGCAUUUUGGUUAGAUUUCUUUUGUAAUAAACUAUUUUUGUACCAUA